UCUCAUUUCUUCUCCUCUGCUCUCAGUGAACGCUCCUCUUCCUCUCCGCCUUCUCUUUAACUCUUUUCGUCGUCCUGAUGUGUCGUCCACCGGUUCGCUCUCCUGCGGCGGCGUCUUUGCCCAACGCUUGUUCAUGGUGAGGUUCUUCUCUGGUCGCCAUGGCGACAGCAGGCGCCAGGAGCGCGACCUGCUGCGGCAGGUGAGGCGGCAGCGGCGAGCGAGCGAGAGAGAUGAUGGAGGAGGAGGGGUGAGGAUGAGAACGACGGCAUGCUUCAGGCUUCAGGUCCCUCGUUUGGCUCUCCGUCGCCGUCUGAGUGCGCUCAAGGGUGGCGUAAGUCGACCCGCUACGUGGCGCCACCGGCCGAUCUCCUUCCUGUGCUAUAUCCUGUCUGUCAGUGCUCUGCGACCACUGGCUAGUCGGGUGACUUUGUACCGCUCGUUCCCCACUCGCCUCCUCUCUCGGGCCUGGGGUCGUCUGAAUGGAGUGGAGCUGCCCACCUGGCUUCGGAAACCCAUCUACUCCCUGUACAUCUGGACCUUUGGAGUCAACAUGCAGGAGGCAGCAGUGGAGGAUUUACAUCAUUACAGGAAUCUGGGUGAAUUUUUCAGGCGGCGACUCAAACCUGCAGUCCGACCGCUCUGCGCUUCCUCCUGCCUGACCUCUCCAGCUGAUGGGAGAAUUCUUCACUUUGGUCGGGUAAAGAACUCGGAGGUGGAGCAGGUGAAGGGUGUCACUUACAGUCUGGAAAACUUCUUGGGACCACAGAAUAGGCGGGGCAAAGACUCCUCAGACUCCUCGUCCUCCUCGUCCUUCAGGGACCUCCUUCUCUUGUCUCCUGACAGUGACCUGUUCCAUGUCGUGGUCUACCUGGCUCCAGGUGACUACCACUGUUUCCAUUCACCCACGGACUGGAAGGUGGACCUUCGCCGUCACUUUCCAGGCUCGUUAAUGUCAGUGAACCCGGGAGUGGCUCGUUGGAUCAAAGAGCUCUUUUGCCUUAAUGAGCGUGUGGUGCUCACUGGCCAAUGGCAACACGGCUUCUUCUCAUUAACGGCAGUUGGCGCCACGAAUGUCGGCUCCAUCAGAAUUUACUUCGACCAGGAGCUUCAGACCAACAUGCCUCGCUACAGUAAAGGCUCCUUCCACGACCGCAGCUACAUCACCAACAAGGUGUUAAAAGUAGCAGGUGAAGGGGGCGAGGUUUCUGUGACUGAAGGGGGCAUGGGCUUACAGAAGGGGGAGGCGAUGGGGGAGUUUAACCUGGGCUCAACCGUCGUUCUCCUGUUCGAAGCACCCAAAGAUUUCAGCUUCAACCUGCAUCCCGGGCAGCGAAUCAGAGUGGGAGAAGGCCUCGGCAGCCUCUGAUUAUACAACCUAUGGUCUCAGGGGGUGGGGCCUGAUCAGAGACAGAUUUUCAGAGAGGAGUUUAAGGAAUUGUCGAUGUUUUUUCUUUGCGGAGGGCUUGAAGAGGACGAUUAUCACGACUGAGACUCCCAGACUGCCUUGUGCCUGUGAGUGGGAAAUGCCAAACCCCUUCCACUCUCUCUCUCUGUCACUCAGACUUCACCAGCAGCUGAAAAUAUUUGUUUGAAUGUUUCAGACUUUAUUGUUCAUGUGUUUUUGUUAGCAUCAGCUAGCUCCCAUCUGAAGCAGAUGAUUGGUGGAAACGUAGCAGGUGGCCAGUGAUUGGUUGAAACGGUCAUUAUUCCCAAUUUGUCUUCAUUAAUCUCAGUUUUUUUAUUCUUUGUUGUGGGAUUUAAAUGUGACACCACCAUCUCCAUUUCUCUGCUUUUGUAAAAUAUCUAAUUAUGAAUAAAGUUUUUUUUAAAAAACAAAGAAAAAUCUG